GCUUAUGGAGGACGAGGACUGCCCCGACCUGGUGCCCAUAGGCGCCGGCGGCACGGAGCACACCGAUACCGGCCCCGGCAGGAAGAUCCCCGUGACGAUCAUCACGGGGUACUUAGGAGCUGGAAAAACAACUCUUCUAAAUUACAUACUGACAGAGCAGCAUAGUAAAAGAAUAGCAGUUAUUCUGAAUGAAUUUGGAGAAGGAAGUGCCUUGGAGAAAUCUCUGUCAAUCAGUCAAGGGGGAGAACUCUAUGAAGAAUGGCUGGAGCUCAGAAAUGGCUGCUUGUGCUGUUCAGUAAAGGACAAUGGUGUGAAAGCAAUUGAGAAUCUGAUGCAAAGGAGAGGAAAAUUUGACUAUAUAUUGCUAGAAACAACUGGUUUGGCAGAUCCAGGAGCUGUGGCCUCCAUGUUCUGGGUUGAUUCUGAGCUGGGAAGUGACAUAUAUCUUGAUGGUAUCGUGUCUGUUGUUGAUGCAAAGUAUGGAUUGCAGCACUUGACAGAGGAGAAACCAGAUGGUCUUAUCAAUGAAGCAUCACGGCAGGUUGCAUUAGCUGAUCUUAUAAUCAUCAAUAAAACAGAUUUGGUUUCAGAGGAAGAAUUGAAUAAAGUCAGGACAUCUGUGAGGUCAAUAAAUGGACUUGUUAAAAUCCUAGAGACACAAAGAUCAAGAGUUGAUCUCUCUAAUGUCUUGGACCUACAUGCUUUUGACAGUUUAUCUGGAGUAAGUUUGCAGAAAAAGCUUGAGCAUGUAAAGACAACACAUGCACAUCUAGAUAAGGCUAUAAUUACAGUAACAUUUGAAGUUCCAGGAAAUAUAAAAGAAGAAAACUUAAAUCUCUUUAUUCAGAAUCUUCUAUGGGAGAAGAAUGUGAAAGAUAAGACUGGGUGCACCAUGGAUGUUAUAAGACUGAAGGGACUGGUAUCUAUUCAAGGCAAAUCUCAUCAAGUGAUAGUCCAAGGUGUCCAUGAGCUCUAUGACCUAGAAGAGACUUCAGUAGCCUGGAAAGAAGAUGAAAAGAGAACAAACAGGCUGGUCCUAAUUGGCAGGAACUUGGAUAAAGAGAUCAUCAAAGAAGUGUUCAUAGCCACUGUGAGAGAAGAACAAGGAAACAGUUGACAGAAAACUAAAUUUUCUGAGUUUAUAAACUCAAUUUAUAAUAUAAUUUUAUAAUCUUUUAAUAAAAAAGAUUAAAUGUCAGUUUUAAUCCUGCAACAGUUUUAUAACAGAAAAGACUGAAUGACAUAAGACUGUAGUAGUUUCUCUAUCCUCUUGCAGUUUAUGCAACUGUUAAACCCUGAAGUCUUCCCAAGAAUUCCAGCUGAUCAACUGUUUAAAUUAGCUCUUAUGGUCUAGAAUCAAACACAGUUCUGUUUUGGAUUUGGCUGAACCUAUGUCAGCAAUAUCGUGUAACUGUGCUGAAAUGCAGAUGGCAAAAGGCUGUUAUAUUCUACAUGAAGUGUUACUGUGGGGAUAUGGGAAACAUGUUUGAAGCAUAGUGCAUUCUCUUGCUAACUCUUCCACUGGGAAUGAAGCAAUAGUGAUUAGUGCCACAGUACAAAAUGUCUGGUGUUUACUAUUAAACUGUCUUCCAUCUC